GCCAGCGAUUGGCCGCAGUAGCGGUCAAUCACAUGGCGCCUGAACGUCACUAAGGAUCCUAGAACUUGGAGGUCAGCAGCAGCAAGGAGGAGGAAGAAGCAUGGCAGCUCUGUUAUGGAAGUCUUGCAGUGCCCUGCACAGCUCUGCCAGCAGGCAUGCACGCCUUGCAAUGGUCUGCAGGUCGAUGGCCUCUAAAACCCCCAUUGGGUUCGUAGGUCUUGGAAACAUGGGGAAUCCAAUGGCAAAAAACCUUUUGAAGCAUGGUUACCCUGUCGUUGCGUAUGAUGUGUUUCCAGAGGCCUGUAAGGAAUUUAAAGAUUCUGGUGCACAGAUCAUGGAUUCACCAUCUGAUGUUGCAGACAAGGCUGACAGAAUUAUUACCAUGUUGCCAUCAAGCUUGAAUGCAAUAGACGUCUACACAGGAGCAAAUGGAAUUUUAAAAAAAGUAAAGAAGGGUUCUCUACUGAUUGACUCAAGCACGAUUGACCCAGCGGUGUCUAAAGAAUUGGCCAAAGCUGUGGAAAAAAUGGGAGCUGUGUUCAUGGAUGCACCUGUCUCCGGUGGUGUUGGUGCAGCCAGAUCUGGAAACCUCACGUUUAUGGUUGGUGGAGUUGAACAAGAGUUUGAUGCUGCUAAAGAACUUUUGACAUGCAUGGGAGCCAAUGUGGUGUACUGUGGAGAAGUUGGGACAGGGCAGGCAGCAAAAAUUUGUAACAACAUGCUUUUAGCAAUUGGUAUGAUUGGUACUGCCGAAACGAUGAAUCUUGGAAUCAGAUUAGGGCUCGACCCAAAGCUGUUGGCCAAAAUCCUGAACAUGAGCUCUGGACGAUGUUGGUCAAGCGAUACCUAUAACCCUGUUCCAGGGGUGAUGGAAGGAGUGCCCUCUGCCAAUAAUUACCAGGGUGGAUUUGGAACAACUCUUAUGGCAAAGGAUUUGGGUUUAGCCCAGGACUCGGCCACUGACACUAAAACGCCGACCCCGCUGGGAUCCCUUUCACAUCAGAUAUACAGAUUAAUGUGUGCCAAAGGCUAUGCCCAGAAAGACUUCUCAUCUGUCUUCCAAUUUUUACGUGAGGAAGAAAGUUUGUAAACAUAGUCACUAAAUGUAUUGCUUUCAAACACUAUUUUUUGGAAAAUUACUUUAAGUGUAAAAACAAAUGUCAAAAUGACAGGGUAUAGGUCAGAAAAUCUACGGAGAAGUGAUUAUAAUGUCUCGAGUACACAGCAACUUAUAUGUUGGGUAGUAUAAGAAUGAUAAAAAGUGGAUAGGCAAUUCUAUAAAUUGCUGUGCAGUAAGAUAAGGUUCAAACCCAGUGGUUCUGCUCACCGGUAACUCGUCAUCUGGAGUUUUUAAUGGCGUUGUCAGCCUGGACUUUGGAUAACAAAACAACGUGUUUUGUUAAUUGUAAUAUAAUUGUCAUUAUGCUGUAUCUAGAAGGAAUGCAUUUCUGUGAUAUAAGAAAGGGGUGUAUUUCUGGAGGCUAUAGUGAAAUAAUACUUUUUCAUUAAACAAAUAGAAAUAUCUGUAUAUGUUUUCUUCUGUUAGAAGGGUACUGUGUUCGGUCCAGACACGACAACACAGGUAGUUAUUGUAACCAAGAUUAAUGACGUCUGUGUAAACUCUUAAUAAAGCUUGCAAACCUUUCCCAAUAAA